AUGGACAAUUUAGAACUUAAAACAAUAACUGAUAGAGUCGGAGUUCGAAUAACGAGUCCAAGCAUUGGCAAUGGUAAUGGUAUAGACACCGUCAGGGUUCAAAGAGGAGAACGAGUAAUAUUGAAAUGUGUGAGCUCCGGAGUUAUGAGAAGUUGGUUGGGACCAAAUGGCAGCAAUUUUACAAACGAACAAGCAGUGAUUUAUUUUUCGAAUUUUCUUAAAAACCCAAAACUCAACAUGUCUAAAUAUUCCGUGCAGGCGAAAAAUGGAAACUAUGACUUGACUAUUUUAAAUUUCCAAACGGUCAAUACAGGGCUGUAUAUUUGCAGAUGUUUCAAUGACCAUGAUAACGGAACAUUUAAUGAAACUAGGUAUACCGUUUCAUUAUUAGAUGAAGUUGUUACAAUAAGUAGAAUUGGUUAUGGAAGAGGAAGGAAACUUGGAAACGCACCAGUCAUUCAAAUUAAUGUCAAGGAAACCAGUUCUCAAUUACCAGCCAACCAAAGACAUUCAAAACCUAACUCUAAAUUAACGAUAACAUUGGUGGUUGUGUUUCUGCUUGUGAUAUUAAUGGCUAUUCUUGGAUUAAUUGCUCGAAGAAAGUGGGGAACUUUAGGUAGGGGAAUGAAAUUCUUCGUUGUGUCAUUCAGAGGAGAUGCAGAAAGGAUUAUUUUAGCUGAAGAUACUAGAGUUUUACUUGUAGUUCAAUAA